CUCAUUGCAAUAGAAGCCGUAACGGAUUCCCAGUAGAGCGCAACAGCGGUGCUGCAGGCCUAGAAUUGGAGGCCGUGCAUCUUGCAGACACAAAUCUGAAUUAAUCUGGCCAUCUUCAGAAGAUCUUGAUGGCCACAUGCUAUUAGAUGAUUUACAGGACCGUUUUGGAGCGACAAUGGGCAGUCUGGUUUUCUGAGUGUCCCGUUGGGCGUCCCAGAAUAACACGAAGUAGAACACUGUUGAAUUAUAGGAACACAGUGAAUGCAGCUGUGAAAGGUUUUGGACCAGCAGCACCAACUGGGCUAGUAGAUUGCAAUCCAGUACUGCCCCCUGUGCCCAAUCUUGAAGGCAAGGAUGUGCGCGCAAAUUGGAAUGCCACAGCACUAGCCUUCCUUGGGGACUCUGUCUGGGAGCUUUAUGUGCGACGACACUUCUUCUUUCCCCCGGGCCGUCUAACAACUUACUAUGAAGGCGUCACAUCUCAAGUCCGAGCAGAGACGCAGGAAACUCACUACCAGCUGCUUCUUUCUGGGAAGUUCAUCACUGAAGAGGAAAGGGAAAUCCUCAGAUGGGGCCGCAAUGCGAAGGUCAAUGUACCGCCCAGAUUCAAGGCCAGCGGCAAACAUGCAGAGACGUACAAGCAUGCGACAGCAAUGGAAUGCUUGGCUGGAUAUUUGUACUUGACAAAUCCUGAGCGACUCCAUGCACUCAUGGACUACUUGGGUCUUGGUGGGAGCUCACAGCAGACCAAUGACAACCUUUUAAAUACCAGUGCCACAUGACACUGCUGACAAGAUGCUAGCAUGCCCCAUAGUGAUGGCAAACUUUGAAGAAGUGCGGAUCUGCCAGUUGUUGCAACACAGGGCAUGUCUGCGUGACAGUUUUGAGCGUUAUUAGUUGUACCUCUAUUCCAAGAAUUGGCAUGAUUAUGAUAACAGAACCAUAAGGGGCUGAUGGAGUGGUUUCUUGACUGACAUUGAUCGAAUUAUAUUUUUGUACUUAUUACAGACAAAAAAACCCAGUACCUACUUCAAACAGCCUGUGCAUAAUUCUGGUAUUUUCAGUACUACAGAUAAUUGCAGCAAGCCUCAAUACAAACUAAACAUGUGGAAGCACAGGAAUAAUAGAACCCACCAGAUGC